AUGGGUGCCGAAAAAUGUCCCGUAGAUAGCUUCCAAGUGGUCCACGAUGUAAAACAAGGCCUCCACUUCUUUGAUGGCCGACGACAAAACAUCGACCAGAGCGAUUCUUGUGGAGAAUUCGAGGUUUUCAAACCAUCCACUGGUAAGUUGACAUCUCAUUGAAUCAAAUGUAAAAGGUACCAAACGUGAAUAAGAUGCCGACUUUGAGUCAAGUCUUCUCUUUCCUUUCUGAUUUUUGAGCCAACUCUCCUUUUAUCUAAUUUUACAGAUAUUUUUGCCGGUUCACUACGCUUUUUGCUGGUUUAUACAAAAGAAGCGAAUAGAUUUACAAAACUAGCAAUAAUAUUAUUUUAGGAGAAGUUUUAUGCAAGUGUUUCUCGGCCAACAAGGAAUUUGUGAACAAAAUCGUGGAGAAAGCCCACAAAGCCCAGCUGGAAUGGGCAAAACUGAUUCCGUUGGAAAGAGGAAAGGUCCUGCAAAGAGCGUCAGAGAUCAUUAAUGUAGGUUUUUGAUUUUUAAAGAUUGUUUACUCUCUUUUAAUGUUUUUGAAAGAGUUUAAAUGUUUAAAAACUUUUUUGUAAAGAGGGAAAAGUAAGGAUAAUAUUGCUUUUGAAGAAAGGUUCAGAAAUGGAUGUUUAAAGUUGAAUAUUUUUAAAAUUUAAGGCUAAACUAGGUUUUAGUAUAUUAGAAAAGAUUUUAAAAGAAUUAUAUUACCUAAUUUUAAUCAUUUCAGGACCACAUUGAAGAGUUGGCCAAAGCUGAAACUACUGGUAAUGGAAAAACCCUGAAGGAAUCUGCAGCCGACGUUACUGGUGCAGGAACAACUUUCCAAUUCUAUGGUGGAAUAGCUCCAGCUACAUUGAAAGGAGACUACUUUGACCUCCAAAACGGCUACAUUUCCUACACAAGAUACGAACCAUUUGGAGUAGUUGGCUGUAUUGGAGCUUGGAAUUAUCCGUUUGACAUUACAUGUCGCAAAACAGCACCAGCAUUGGCUGCUGGUAAUGCUGUCAUCUACAAGCCAUCACCUUGGGCUACAAAUACUGCAGUGAUUCUGGGAGAGAUACUGAAAGCAGCUGGAUUGCCUGAUGGAUUAUAUAAUGUACUACAAGGUGAGACCGAAACUGGUGAAGCAUUGUGUUUGAACCCAUUGGUACGACGUGUCACAUUCACUGGUUCAGUUGGUGGCGGGUGUGCGGUCCAAAAGUCUUGCGCUUCGAAUGGAAUCAAGCCAGUUACCGCGGAACUUGGAGGCAAAUCACCUUAUAUUGUAUUCGAGGAUUCUUGCCCAGAUCAAGCGACAGAUGCUGCGAUCAGGGCGAAUUUCAUGACUCAAGGGCAAUGUUGUACCAAUGCGACUAGAGUGUUUGUUCACGAGAGUAUCAUGGACAAGUUCCAAGAGGUUUUGCUGAAGAAGUUGGAGAAGAUGAAGGUCGGAGAUCCAUUCGACGAAAAUACGAAAGUCGGUGCUGUAAUUUGCGGUGAUCACUUGGAAAGAGUUGAAGGAUUUGUUGAGAGAGCUGUUAAGGAGGUAAUUAUUAAUUUUUUAAGGAGGUAACAUUGACAUUUUUUAAAAGGUUUUUGAAUAUUUUUGGGCUAGAAGAUGAUGGUUAAUUUAGCUUAAAGAGAUACAAUGUAAAGCUAGAUUUUUCUGAAUAUUGAAGUUUUCGCAUUUUAUAUAUAUGGUAUUACAGGGAGCCAAGCUUCUUCGCGGAGGUAAACGCCUUCACCCAGAAGGCUUCGAGAACGGUUUCUAUUUUGACCCUGCUGUUAUGGUUAAUGUCAAGGAUGAUAUGGAGAUCACCAAAGAUGAAGUGUUUGGAUCAGUCAUGUUGUUAUUGCCUUUCAAAACCGAAGAAGAAGUUAUCCAACGUGCCAACGAUACAAGCUACGGUUUAGCUGCCGGUCUUCACACCAAUUCUCUUCAACGUGCUCAUCGUGUAGCACGUCAACUAGAAGCUGGUAAUGUAUUUAUAAAUUCCUUCAAUAUGCAGCAACCAUUUGUGCCAUUCGGAGGCUACAAGAACUCUGGCUACGGGAAGGAGAAUUCAGAAGAGUGUUUGAGGGAAUUCGCUCAGAUCAAGUCAGUUUAUCUUAAUGUAGAGGGAGAGAUUCCACACAUCUUGAACUAA